UCUCUUUCCAUUUAUUAACUCAAAAAUAUCUUUUAUGCAUCCACACAAUAUUAUUAAUACUAAACGGAUUUUAUGCCUCAUUUCUCUUUGAAAAAAAUGCUUCAAAAAAAAAAAAAGAGAGAAAUCUACUUCUUGUAAGUAUCGUCCCAUAUGAGCAUUCUGUGGAUCCCUUUUUGGACGGCCCGAACUCUAAACCAACCAAAUUGUAAAGCUGGGCCACAGAAUCGAGGCCCAUUUUGAAUCGUUCGGUUUCUUCCAGUAGCAGUAUAAAGGCAAGUCUGAACACUGAACUCAUCGAGACACGAGAGCCCUGGCAUAGAAUCUUUAUCACCGUUGUAUACCAAUGGAAGAUCACAGUGACGCCGUCGAAUCAAACAAUCCGGGAGGAGGAGGAGGAGAAGAAGAAGAGUUGCAGAGACUGCUGGUACCUGAUGUACACAAUCUUCCACUCUUUCCCCCUUCUGCUGUUCAAUCCAACUUCGUUUCCUAUUUCGCUCCAGAUUUUAUGAAGCCAGGACACGAUCAGUACGUUUAUCGCCACGCCAAUGGAUUGUGCGUAAUCGGUUUGGCUCCUUCGCACGUCGCUCUUACGGAGAAAGGAGGAGUUACAGCCGUUGAUUUCAAUGUUGGGAAGACUGAUCGAAGUGGGAUUAAGGUUACCGGAAAGCGCAAGAAGAAUGCACAACACUUUGAAUCCAACUCAGCUUUGUGUAAAGUGUGCACCAAUGAUGCUUCUUAUAUAGUGAGAUGUUGUGUAAAAGGCAAUCUACUGGAAGUGAAUGAUAGAUUAAUCAAGCAGCCAGGAUUGCUUAAUUCAUCGGCUGACAGAGAAGGAUACAUUGCAAUUAUCAUGCCAAAACCAGCUGAUUGGCUCAAGGUCAAGGCUUCACUGAUUGACAUUGAAGAAUACAAGAAACUGAAAGAAGUGUGUUGACCUGAUUGCUGGAUUUCUUUACCCCUUGAGGAAUUCCAGUAAAGGAGAAAAUGCCAUGACUUUACUUAUCCUAGUAUUUGCAUUGCCACUUCUAGAUCCUGUCAUUGUUACCUCCUUCGAUGCUCCCCUAGUAAGGUACACUCAUUGCUGAAGAUUUAAUCAUGUCAGGUUCCAAAAUUUUGAAAUCUCAGUUGGUAAGAUGGCAUGCUUGGUGUGCUAUUGUUGCAUUAUUUUUGUAAUAAUGAAAUACCUCGUCCAACUUUUGAUA